UGCAGUCUUUGCAGCCACUGUUUUCGCCUCCUCCUCCUCCUCCUCCUCCUCCUCCUCCUCUUCUUGCCUCUGUCUAUCUGACCAGUCCGGGAAUGUUGACCACCAUAGCCUGAUCCAACUCCGCCGAGUGUCCCUUCAUCUCCUGUCUGCCACUCUCCGUGUUUGUCUCUGAGGGUCGUUGCCUGCCUCUGGCUGAAAGGUUCUGCUCUGUUCAUCUUGUAUCGAAACUGAUCCAACCAAGCAAAUUGUACAAAAGAGCUGAGAAUCACAAAACAUGGCUGUGGCUGGAUGUCCGGAUUAUUUCCUGCAUCAUCCAAAUUAUCAGCAGGACAAUAUAGACCGGUCCUCCAAUCACAGACAAGAUGACCUCAUUGGUCCGAGCUUCCAGCAAUCAGCCAAUCGGAGUUCUCCUAACCAUCAAGAGGAUGACGUUGAUUUAGAGGCCCUGGUGAAUGAUAUGAACUCUUCGCUGGAGAGCCUGUACUCCACCUGCAGUGGUCAGCAGACAGAGUCCACCCCACUACUGCACAAUGGACAGACCUCUUCCUCACAACAGCACCCCCAUCAUCAUCACAUGCAACACAACCAGCCUCGGCAGGGUCAGCACUCACACGCGCUAAGCCACAUCUCCCCGGAGCCAUCCUCCUCCUCCUCGUCUGUGGACUCACCCCAAUCCAGCCUCCGACGGUCACAGCCCAUGCACAUCCUCGCUGUCAGGAGGUUGCAGGAGGAGGAGCAGCAGCUGAGGACAUCAUCUCUCCCGGCCAUCCCCAACCCCUUCCCUGAGCUCUGCAGUCCAGCAAGCUCCCCUGUCCUCAGUCCUGGCUCUCUACCCCCCGGAGAACCCUCCACUGGCACAUAUAUUGUGAAGAUCUUCAGUGAAGACGGCAUGGGUAAAGUGGUGGAGAUCCCAGCCGACAUGACAGCCAGGGACCUGUGCCAGCUCCUGGUUUAUAAAAGCCAUUGUGUGGACGAUAACAGUUGGGCACUUGUUGAACACCACCCGCUGCUUGGGCUAGAGCGCUGUCUAGAAGACCACGAGCUGGUGGUUCAGGUCCAGGCCUCUAUGAACAGCGACAGUAGAUUUCUCUUCAGGAAGAACUAUGCCAAAUAUGAAUUCUUCAGAAAUCCCCAUGCAUUUUUCCCGGAGCACAUGGUUGCAUGGUGCCAGGAAACCAAUCGUACGAUUCCACCAUCUCAGCUCCUCCAGAACUUCCUAGCAACCAGUAGCUGUCCAGAGAUCCAGGGGUAUCUGUAUGUGAAGGAGACGGGUAGGAAGUCGUGGAAGAAGGUUUACAUGUUCCUGCGGCGCUCGGGACUCUACUGCUCUACAAAAGGAACCUCAAAGGAGCCCAGACAUCUACAGUUUCUAGCAGACCUUGAAGACAGCAACAUCUUCACUGUCAUCACAGGCAAAAAGCAGCACGGUGCCCCCACAGACUACGGGUUCUGUAUCAAGCCUAAUAAAAGUCGAGGGGAGUUGAAGGAGUUGAGGAUGAUGUGUGCGGAGGACGAACAGGGCAGGACGUGUUGGAUGACAGCCUUCCGGCUCUUUAAGUAUGGGAUUAUGUUGUACCAGAAUUACAAGAUUCCCCAACAAAGAAAAACAUUACUCUCACACUUCUCAGCACCUGUGCGGAGUGUAUCGGAGAACUCCCUUGUCGCGAUGGAUUUCUCAGGGAGGAUAGGCAGGGUGAUUGACAACCCCGUAGAAGCUCAGAGCGCUGCCAUGGAGGAGGGACAUGCAUGGAGGAAGAGGAGUCAACGAAUGAAUGUAUUAGGCUCUCACAGUCCACUACACCACUCCUCACUAAGCGCAGUCAUCCACAUAGCUCAGUUGUGGUUCCACGGCAGGAUAACCAGAGAAGAAUCGCAUCGCAUUAUCCACCAGCAGGGACAAGUCGAUGGGUUGUUUCUGCUGAGAGUCAGUCAGAGUAACCCCAAGGCGUUUGUGCUCACAUUGUGCCAUCACCAGAAAAUCAAACAUUUCCAGAUACUACCGUGUGAAGAGGACGGCCAAGUCUUCUUCAGCCUUGAUGACGGCGCCACCAAAUUCACCGACCUGAUUCAGCUGGUGGAGUUCUACCAGCUCAACAGAGGAGUGCUGCCUUGUAAACUCAGACACCCGUGCACCGCCGUGGCCUUAUGACAUCUUCGGAUCAUCUGAACCCAUGACCCCCAUCACUUGACCUGACUCUGCCUAAAACAAAGAAAACAACAAGAAUCUUUCUGUUGGUUUUUGUUUUUAUCUUUACAAGAAGCUGGUGAAUUGACUGAUGUUUCGUUGUCAUUUUAUUUUUGUCUUGAGUCCGCCGGAGACUGCUGACUUGUUGGAAUCUCUUUUGCAUGAAUGUCGGAGGAGUCGGAUGCACAACUUGCUCACGAGGUUCCUCGGUCAAGAAGACAAAGGAAAUGAACACUGCCGUUUGUGACAAUGCUGUUGCAAAAUCUUCCACAAUCUUGCUACCCAUAGUCAUCAAUAAGCUUGCACACACAGUGACUCUCAAGGUUUUAUCACACAGCUCAAGUGUAGACUGUGUUUCCCUUCAACUGGACAAUCAGCAGGACAGUUCAAGCUUUAGUUUAGACCACUCUGCCCUCUGAGAACAAACUGUAGUCUCGUCCUCAAAAAAUAAACCAUAGAGUUGAUUGUCUCUUAGUUUUGCACUCAUCGAACUGGGAGUUGCCUUUGACGGUGCAUGACUUCUCCGCUGUCUUAACUGUGAGAUGGUGCCACCGCCCUCUAGUGUCAUAGGCAUGUGACGACAUGUCAAAAUUCAGCAUGGACGAGAUUUGGAGGCGCAAGAAAGAGUGUCUUUUGAGGUUUGGAAACAUCAGAAGUUUGUCAAAGUCAAACUUCCCUGGAGCCUUGCUAUGAGGAAAAAAUAUGGAACCAUUGAAACAAAGUAUUUUUUUUAAUAGUGGACAACACAAAAUCUGCAUUGUCCACCCUCACAGAAAUGUGUUUGAUCAUCUCUCACCACACAUGUUUUCUUUUCUUAAUGGUGGUCAUUGCAGUUAUGUAUUGUUGUCAAUAGUCUCUUUAAUAGUAUAUUUUUUUAAAGCCCACCUUUUGCAUUCUGGUUAUUUGCAACUCUCCAUUAUUCAUAUAUGCUACAAUAAGGUCAUUCUGUACUUGCUAUUCUAUUGCAUGCUCCAUUUCCCUAAAGUAUGUCACAUGUGACUUCCACAAAAAUGAAAAAGCAUUUAUCAAAUCAUGGUGUCAGUCAGGGUGAAACAACAAGUAAUAAAUCUACCGGAGGUUUGUCACCAGGUAGACCGUUUUGGUGCCUGUACAGUUAGAAAGUGAAACCAGCUAUUGAUUUGGAGGAAAUUAGUAAGUGCACCCAGAUGCAGUAGUUCACUGCAGGCAAAGGCAUGAUGAGACGAUGACGGUGAAUCCAAGGAAACUAAAUAUAUGCAAUAUUUGUCAAACAAAAUUAGAUCAGCUCAGACAUACAGUAGAUCCUUUGGAAAACAUUGUUUCUGGCUCUGGACCCUCUUUUCUCAUAUGUUUCACAUAUUGUCCCACAAAUGUUCUGUUAGGACUCAGUGAGAUGCUGUCAGAUAUAAAUGUGGCUAGGAACAUGGUUUAGUGUCGAUUCUGUGCUUUAUAUUACAUAUAAUGCGGCCUUUUUCUGCCUGGAAGUACCUGUAAACUAACUGUAUCACAUAUACGCCUCCUGCCUACUGCAUGCCACCUCUUAAUGAAUUCAGGCAGACCGUCUACGAAAAGUUAACUGUUGCUACUCUGUAGGGAAAAUAUAUAAUGAGAGAAGAGUAUUCAAAUGAUCUCUAUCUCUUCCUCUUCUCAGCCUGUCUCGCCCGGUCUCAUUGCGCUUUCUUUAGCCUGCUGUGAAAAUACACUGUCAGCGGUGUGGCAGCAACAUAAAACUGGAAAUUUUAGGACUCAGACUUCUGACUGCAAAAGUACUACAGGGGCCACUUUGAUGAUUUUAGCCCAUGUCCCUUCAUUUUAAUUUAUGGACUUGCCUCUGGUCCAUGAUGUGCUUUUGAUUGACGAUAAUGAGAUCAUCAGAGCAUCAAACCGAAAACAUGGGACGUAAAACACUUUCUUUUUUAAUACUUUUUUAACAGCUAUUGAUCAUGUCUGGCAGAAUGGAACUUAAUGGCUAACACAUUAAGAGCAAAACCAUCUGAUAUUCAUAUGUGUGUCACAAUUGGAUUCAUAAUCAUCCUCUUUGACAGUUGCACCACAAAUUUCUUUUUUUUGUUCACUCACACUUUAAAGUUUUAUGUAGUCGAAGCUUUGGUGGCAGCUCUGGUUAGGUCACAAGCCAACAGACGAUAAGAUAUCUGUUUGUACGUACCUGUAAUGCAACAUCAACAGCCAUGAUUUAUUUACCUGCAGGUUAUCUAAGGUAUAUUGGACAUCUGGGAUGCAGAAUAGCCGCAGCAUGGUCACUAUUAUUUAUCUAAGAUGCAAUGACUCAAACAUUUUUUUUGAAAGUAUUGCAGCAAAAUGUAUUUAUUUAUCUGGAUGUGACUGAUUACUUGAAAUUUUUAGAUUUAUUUUUCUCUGCGCUGUUCUGUACUGUUUUCUAUUGUCAUUACCAUGGAAUGAUUGACCAGUGUGAUAUAUUAUUAUAAUUGUUAUUGAUGUAAUGACAUAGCAUCUACUGUUUUCUCUUUUAUUUUUGGAUUUAUUCAAAGAUAAUUUUGUCAUCAUAAAUACUUGUUAUGAAGUGAUGUUUUAAAGCACACUGGCAUCCCUAGUUUUAACAUUGUCAUUCCAAUAGAUGACAGGUUGUUGUGAAAUUGAACAAAAAAAACCUGAGUUUCCCAAAGCAUUAGUCACAAUUAUUUUUCUCUACUCUUUUAAUUACUGUUCUUAUUUCUCCCAAAUUUAUAAAAUAUCUUCUGAUAAGAAUUCCAACCCUUAUGGUAAAAAGCCUCAAGUGCUCUCAUCGUCACUCUUUUUUGUUGACCUAAACUAGGAAAAUAUAAAUAAAUUAAAGUAAUAAAGCCUAAAAUGUUUUGGGAAACUGGGUCAAGUGACAUUCUCAUAAUUCACUGUUUAAACACCUUGCCUUGAAGAAAGAAUUGUAGAAAUGUAGAUGUAGAAAAAGAGCCCUUUACAUUCAAGUUAAACCUUCUAUUAGAGUAGAUAUAAUUGAAGAAAUGCACAACAGCAAUCCGCCCACACAUUUAGGCACGCAAGGCAUUGUCACAAUUUUAAUACCCUUAAAAAUGCAAUGAGCAGGAAUGGGCUAAGUCCAUAUAAGUCAAACCAUACCAGAGCAACAUUGUUAGAUGGUUCACAGCAUUGGCCUUCUUUCAGCAGAGUGAGUUUGACUUAAUUUAUUAGGUUUUAUCAUUUGUAUGAAUGUGAAUUUUGAAUUUAUUGUGUAGAGAUUAUUUCACUGAUAUUCGACAUGUGGAUAAUUUCGAGGAAUAUGGAUUAUAACAAUACAUAAACAAUUUAGUAGUUGCUGAAAGUCAUCUUCAGAUAUUGAGACAUCUCUGAAAUGUUGACGCAAGCUGUUUAUAAGUUAUAAUCUAAGUCCCCUGAGUUUGAGUCUGUCCUCUCAUCUUAAAACUCCCAAUAUCUUUUUUUUCUUCUGACUGACAUGAAUGGUAGCAGAUGUCAACAUGUGAGGCACAGGUAGCCUUUAAGGUGGAGUGAGUAUUUGCAUUAAUUCAAUUUGUGAAAAAAUCAAUCAGGGGAUUUGGAUAUCCAUGUUUUUACACUUAACAGAAAUGAAUGUAACUGGGUUGCUCAGGGUUGACUUAGAGCGUGUUAAAAACUACUGGUCCAUCAGCUCUCUUGGACUCUUAUGUACAAGAUAAUGAUGGAUUCAUAAAUAUGUUAGUGUCAUGAAGCUGGGAGUUGUUACGACAGACUUUCCAUUAUGUGCACCACCAAACUGCUAGUUGUGAUUACUUGAUAUAUACGUGCAGCAAAAUGAAGUACAUCCAUUACUCCUUAAAGAGUACAGUUGAAAGAGUUGUUCAUUGUAUUGUUGAAUAUUGUUUAUAAAAAAAAAAAAAAGCCUAAAUUACUUGCCUGGUUACCUGAGCUGAUUUAAAACCCUAUCUCUAACAAUGUUACCUAUUCAACAGGUGACCAAUUCAUAAAACAUCCUCAAUUUUUCUGUCCUCAGUUCUAUGAAAUUAGAAGAAAUUCUAAUAUCUAUCUAUCUAUCUAUCUAUCUAUCUAUCUCUCUAUCUAGGCACUCAAACAUGUAAAUAAAAUAACUAAAAGAUAAGGGCAGUGUCGGUUUUGGUAGCCAGGUACUUCACAGAUGGUGCCUCUGAUGACUUCUCUUUCUCUGCACAAACCAGACCUAACAUGUGGACCAAAUGACAGACAAAGCUUUUGUUCAGAGGGGACCGCACACUCAAAAUUACUAAUUAAGUACUCGAUAAAUACAAUUCAAACACAGAAAUCGGCACACCGAAUGAUUCUGGUGAAAGGUGAUUGAGAGUUAAUGCUUGUGUUUGCAGUUUAUUUUCGGAGUUGAAAGUGAAUUGGCCCUGCUCCUGCAAAAGCGGAUUGAUCGAUUAUCAUCUUGACUCAUGCAUUUUCAUAACGUUGUCACAAUGCAAGAUACCGUGGCUGUACAAAUGAGUGAAGUAAAAAUAUAUCUAUAUAUAAAAAAUAUAAACUAUUAUGUAUUUCAGGGAAUGCAAAAAAGAAAACAGUAACUUAUCUCUUUUUUUUUAAGAGAGAGCUCCUGUAUUCAAAAUGUGCUUUGCUUAAUUCUGUAAAUAGUUGGAUGGCUUAUAAAUCUUAAUUGUAACCUUUUCAGGUAUUUUUGUACAAAUAAAGGACUGAUAUAUUCUGUUUAUUGUAAUUAGAAUAAAACAUUAAUACAUUGAUAUAAAAA